AUGGCUUCUCAGUUGCUGCCCCUCGAGCUCAUCGACAAGUGCGUUGGCUCCAGGAUCUGGGUCAUCAUGAAGGGAGAUAAGGAAUUCAGUGGGACUCUCCUUGGUUUCGAUGACUACGUCAACAUGGUGCUGGAGGAUGUGACUGAAUUUGACUACUCUGGAAAUCAUAACAAGCUACCCAAAAUCCUAUUAAACGGAAACAACAUUUGCAUGUUGAUCCCCGGAGGUGAGGGGCCAGAGGGAGGUGCUUGA